AUGACAGCAACAGAGGCCACCUCUCCCCCAGCAUCCGGCCCUCCGGGCCAGCCAGACAUCAGCUACACCCCCGAUCACGGAAAGUACCUUGCUCGAGCAAGACGCCGUCUCGAGACCGAGAAACUCCAGAAAACCCUGCCUCCUGCCUUUCCUGAACAGUUACACUCUGACCUCGCCUGGGACGGCAAUGACCUUCAUGAACGAUAUGACUGGAAUUACUAUCUCACGGAAGAAGACCUCAGGGAGGUUGAUGCUGCGUUGCAGCAUUUUAAAUCGCUCAAUCUGCCCCUUGGUCACCUUACCCAAAAAACGUUCCCUCUCCCUACGCUUCACGGCAUACUACGUGCGAUUUCCUACGAACUUCACUUCGGCCAUGGCUUCAAAGUUCUCCGGGGCCUGCCCGUGCACAAAUAUUCCCGGCUCGACAACAUCACUAUCUACGUCGGCCUCUCGGUACACGUCGCCCCUGUCCUCGGCCGACAAGACCACCAAUUCGACGGCAAGGAAGCAGACGUCAUCCUGGCGCAUAUCAAGGACCUCAGCUCGGAGGUUGAUACGUCCAAAAUCGGGGCCCCUGCAUAUACGAGUGAGAGACAGGUGUUUCAUACGGAUGUGGGGGAUUUGAUCGCGUUAUUUUGUUUGUCUGAAGCGGCAGAAGGGGGCAAGAGUUUCCUGGCGAGUAGCUGGAGAUUGUAUAAUGAGCUGGCUGCGACCAGACCGGAUUUGAUACACACUUUAUCGGAGCCGUGGGCGGCCGACACCUUCGGCAAAGUACCCGGGAAGCCGUACAUCCUCGCCCCACUCUUACACCACCAACCCGCUACCGAAACAACCCCUGAACGAUUGAUCAUCCAGUAUGCGCGGCGGACAUUCACAGGGUACUGGGGCCUGCCACGGUCGUAUAACAUCCCUCCCAUCACGGAAGCCCAGGCUGAAGCCCUUGAUGCUCUGCAUUACACUGCCGAGAAGUACGCUGUGGUGCUUGACUUUAAGCAGGGUGAUAUUCAGUAUGUCAAUAACUUGAGUAUCUUCCAUGCUAGGGGGGAGUUUAGGGAUUUGCCGGAGAAGAGGAGGCAUCUUGUUCGAUUGUGGCUGCGAGACCCUGAGUACGCGUGGAAGACACCUGAAGUGUUGCAGGACAAAUGGGAUCGGGUGUAUAAGGGGGUGACGCCGGAGAAAAGUGUCUUCCCGUUAGAGCCGUAUAUUAGGAGUGCGAGUAAGGGGGAGGUCAAGCCUGAAGGCGACCAAGAUGCCAUGUGA